AUUGGGCUCUACUUGGAAAGGACAAAAACCCUCCUUGGGCCUUGGGCAUUCGGCCCUUGGCAUUACUACCCAGCAGGAAAUUUAUUUUCAGACGCCAGAAGUGAUCCGAACCAAACGACUGAAUAACGAAGAUAGGCCGAAGAAAAAACACAAGGAAGCUGCCGAACUGCCACGUGGAAAGGAGCCUAAAGUGGAAAUGGAAACAGUAGUGUGUGCCAGAAAUGGAAACAGAGGUGAAGCAGUCGCUGGCGAGAAGGGAGACUUUGAGCUUCGCCGGUUGGAAGAUGGAUAAUGACUCCACCGCCCGUCUUGUCCGCCAUGCUUACAGCCUCAAAGAAGUCAAUUAAGGUGUGUGAGCAACUUGACAUCAACUUCCUUACGGGGCAUGACAGGGAUCACAUACAAAGGUGUUGUUCAAUUGGUAUAUGGUGCUGUUUUACUUCAGAACACGCAGAAUUUGUUAACAGCAUCUUAUGCGUUCGAUUUCAAGAGCUAAUUCCUUGAAACACCUGAAUGUUGGGGGUACAUUUAUCACAGAUGAAUCAUUACAGGCCAUUGCAGAUUGCUGUCCACUUCUAAAGGCAAGUUCUCUGUAAAUGCACCCCUUUUGCUGAAAUAGUGUUCUUUCUCGCCUUUACACUUUGAUUCUUAAAUAAGCCAAAAUUUCCAGU